ACGGUACUUUGGUGAGAAAAUUGGGCUGUACUUUGCCUGGUUAGGCUGGUACACGGGGAUGCUCUUCCCAGCUGCCUUCAUUGGAUUGUUUGUCUUUUUGUAUGGAGUCACCACUUUGAACCACUGCCAAGUCAGUAAAGAAGUCUGCCAAGCUACAGAUAUCAUCAUGUGUCCUAUAUGUGAUAAAUACUGUCCCUUCAUGAGGUUGUCAGACAGCUGCGUUUAUGCCAAGGUAACCCACCUUUUUGACAACGGAGCUACUGUCUUCUUUGCUGUUUUCAUGGCGGUGUGGGCAACUGUUUUUCUGGAAUUUUGGAAAAGAAGGCGAGCAGUAAUUGCUUAUGACUGGGACUUGAUAGACUGGGAAGAAGAAGAGGAGGAAAUACGCCCGCAGUUUGAAGCCAAGUACUCCAAGAAAGAACGAAUGAACCCCAUAUCCGGGAAGCCAGAGCCUUAUCAAGCAUUUGCAGAUAAAUGCAGCAGACUCAUUGUUUCUGCAUCUGGAAUAUUUUUUAUGAUCUGUGUGGUGAUUGCUGCUGUUUUUGGCAUUGUUAUUUACCGUGUUGUGACUGUCAGCACUUUUGCUGCCUUUAAGUGGGCUUUAAUCAGGAAUAACUCUCAGGUUGCAACUACAGGGACUGCAGUGUGCAUCAACUUUUGCAUCAUCAUGCUACUGAAUGUGCUGUAUGAAAAGGUUGCUCUUUUCCUGACAAAUUUAGAGCAGCCUCGUACCGAAUCUGAGUGGGAGAACAGCUUCACUCUGAAAAUGUUUCUUUUUCAGUUUGUCAAUCUGAACAGCUCUACCUUUUAUAUAGCAUUCUUCCUUGGAAGAUUUACAGGACACCCUGGUGCCUACUUAAGGCUGAUAAACCGGUGGAGACUGGAAGAGUGCCACCCUAGUGGAUGCCUUAUUGAUCUCUGUAUGCAAAUGGGUAUUAUAAUGGUGCUAAAGCAGACCUGGAAUAACUUCAUGGAACUGGGCUACCCGCUAAUUCAAAACUGGUGGACCAGGAGAAAACUACGACAAGAGUAUGGCACUCAGAGAAAAACAAACUUCCCACAGUGGGAAAAGGACUACAAUCUGCAACCUAUGAAUGCUUAUGGACUCUUUGAUGAAUACCUAGAAAUGAUUCUUCAGUUUGGGUUCACAACCAUUUUUGUGGCAGCUUUUCCACUGGCACCGCUUCUGGCCUUACUUAACAAUAUUAUUGAAAUUCGGCUUGAUGCAUACAAAUUUGUUACCCAGUGGAGAAGACCAUUAGCUUCAAGAGCCAAAGAUAUAGGAAUCUGGUACGGGAUCCUGGAAGGCAUUGGAAUUCUUUCUGUCAUCACAAAUGCAUUUGUUAUAGCUGUGACAUCAGAUUUCAUCCCUCGCCUUGUUUAUGCUUACAAAUAUGGACCUUGUGCUGGCCAAGGAGAAGCUGGACAAAAGUGUAUGGUUGGCUAUGUUAAUGCCAGUUUAUCAGUAUUUCUGGUGUCUGACUUUGAAAACCGUUCAGAACCAACAUCAAAUGGAAGUGAAUUCUCUGGUUCACCAUUAAAAUAUUGCAGGUACAGGGACUACCGAGACCCUCCUCACUCCCCAGUGCCCUACGGUUACACGCUGCAGUUCUGGCAUGUCUUAGCAGCGCGGUUGGCUUUCAUUAUUGUAUUUGAGCACCUUGUCUUUUGCAUAAAGCACCUGAUUUCCUACUUAAUCCCAGAUCUCCCAAAAGAUCUGAGAGAUCGGAUGAGGAGAGAAAAGUACCUCAUUCAGGAAAUGAUGUAUGAAGCAGAACUAGAACGUCUGCAGAAAGAGCGGAAAGAAAGGAAGAAGAACGGAAAAUCUUAUCAUAAUGAGUGGCCAUGA